GUGGGACCACAUAACUCCUGAGCGUUAAGAGUUCUGAACGCCUGGUGCCCGGGGGUGGAGGGCCAGGGCUCAGGAGGGAGGCCCUGUGGGGCGUCUGCAGGGCGCUCAGCCUCUCCCACAAACCCUGCUGGCUGCUCUGUGUCAGCUGGUGCCGGCGAAUGGAAACUUUCUCCGCCAGCAGCACUUGCUAGCAACUUCCCUCUCUGUGGUUUUUCUCUGUCAUUCCCUUGAUAAAAGAAGUUGAGCUGCGCAAAUGUAACCAACAUUCGCGAAUCUCAUCUCCACAUAAAAACACCCGCCUUUCAAGAAGCGAGCUGCCUGAAAAAAUGAUGCACAAUGUACUCUAAACUGGGUCAUUCUCCACCCAGAGGGCUUGGCGCGUGGCUGCCUCUCCGUGUGGAUCCCCUGCGACGUAGGCUUCAAGCGGCUUGGACGGCCCAGGGAGAGAGAGAAAUGGGGAACAGCAUGCGAUCCACCCCAGCGCCCCCCGAGAGGCCUGUGCCCAGCCCAGAUGGACUGGACAGCGACUUCCUGGCUGUGCUGAGUGACUACCCAUCGCCUGACAUCAGCCCGCCGAUAUUCCGCCGCGGGGAGAAACUGCGCGUGAUUUCUGAUGAAGGGGGCUGGUGGAAAGCCAUUUCCCUUAGCACUGGUCGAGAGAGUUACAUUCCUGGAAUAUGUGUGGCCAGAGUUUACCACGGCUGGCUGUUUGAAGGGCUGGGCAGGGACAAAGCUGAGGAGCUGCUACAGCUGCCAGACACGAAGAUCGGCUCCUUCAUGAUCAGAGAGAGUGAGACCAAGAAAGGUUUUUAUUCCCUCUCGGUGAGACACCGGCAGGUGAAGCAUUACCGCAUCUUCCGCCUGCCAAACAACUGGUAUUACAUUUCCCCGAGGCUCACCUUCCAGUGCCUGGAGGACCUGGUGAAUCACUAUUCCGAGGUGGCUGACGGCCUCUGCUGUGUGCUGACCACACCCUGCCUCACUCAGAGCACAAUGGCUGCCCCGGCCGUGGGGGCCGCUGACUCCCCCGUCACCUUGCGCCAGAAGACCUUCGACUGGAGGAGGGCAGCCAGACUGCAGGAGGACCCUGAGGGCGCAGGGAACCCACUGGGGGUGGAUGAAUCCCUUUUCAGCUACGGCCUUCGGGAAAGCAUCGCCUCCUACCUGUCCCUGACCGGUGAUGACAGCACUCACUUCGAUCGAAAGAAGAAAAGCGUCUCCCUGAUGUACAGCGGGAGCAAAAGGAAGAGCUCUUUCUUCUCGUCACCUCCGUACUUUGAAGACUAGCUCGAGAACAGAUAACCUGGUGUUUGCCCAAAAGAGCAGAGGUUCAGACUGUCCCCUGGGAUCGUGCAGAGAGGCACGGUUCCCUGGUCCCUGGGGAACCCCAAGUCUUCCAGGAACCAAGAGAAGCCACGCGGAGAUGAACUCACGUCUUCUCUGUCCACAUCACGACAAAGGGCACCCCUCCCUGAUGUCUGAUGAGGCACAUCACAAAAUGUUGACUCUGGGAUCACGGGGCGAGGCUUGGGAAUGGCCCUGCGCGCACGUGUGUGCGUGCGUGUUUGUGGGAAAGACGAAGAUGCUGGCUCACAAAGGUGCGCAAGGACCCCUCGCCAGCACGCCGCCGCCCAGCGGGCACACCCUGAGGGCACUGAGAGAGCUUCCCAGAGAGAAAAGCCUGAGAAGAGGGUGAGCCAACUGCUGUGGCCUGGCUGGAGGUCUGGGUUUGCAGGCUGAUGCCCUGCGUUCAGCGUUGUAACCAGUCCGUCACGAGACCGCCCGGAUGCCGCUCCUCUUUUCAAGGGAACUCAGUGACACUAAACGCUAACCUUCCUUACGAGCCCCACGUCAGGAGUUCCCUUUAGGCUUCUCAUUCCAAAGCCACCUGUGCAGAAGUCAGACGGCCUCCCUACUUCUGCCGAGGUCCCACGGGGGAGGGGGUGCCUGGAGGGGGGAAGGCAUGAGGGUGGGCCUGGAACUUUGCCUCACUGCACAGAAAGAGCUUCUCUGGUGAGCUGAGAUUUCUUGCCUAUAUUAAUGCAUCAAUUCAUGGUUGCCACAAAAGGUAUUGUUUUAAGUCCCAGGUAAGGUGUCAGGUCAAA